AUGGCCCCCACCAAAAAGUCCAAGGCCGCUAAGGCAACCGAGUCCAUCGCAUCCCGUCUCGCUCUCGUCGUGAAGUCCGGAAAAUACACCCUCGGAUACAAGUCCGCCCUCAAGCAGAUGCGCAGCGGCAAGGCAAAACUCGUCCUUAUUGCCGGCAACUGUCCCCCGCUCCGCAAGUCUGAGCUUGAGUACUACGCCAUGCUUUCCAAGACUUCCGUCCAUCACUUUGCCGGAACGAACGUCGCCCUCGGCACUGCCGCAGGAAAGCUUUUCCGUGUUGGCGUGAUGACCGUCUCCGACCCGGGAGACAGUGAUCUCCUUACCGUUGCAGAGGGUCAGGCCUCAUAA